AUGAGGGUGGUUGCCUGCAUUAGUUGCAGGCUAAGGAGAAGAAAAUGUGAUAGAGCUAAGCCUGUGUGUACAGGUUGUAAAGAUCUUAAUAUCCCACAAGAGCUUUGUGUUUACAAAGAUUUAAAAGCAAAAACGAAAUCAAAUGAUCGUAAAGAGAUACUGGACCAAUAUAAAAGUGAUAAUAUGAAACUCAAGAACCAAAAAUUUCGCCUGAUGGAAGGAAUCGAGUUGGCGUUUGUAGAAAAAUCAAGACUUCUACGGGAAGAACUGGCGUCCAGCUCUGCUUUGAAUAAUGAGAGUAGCCCAGCUAAUGUGAUACUUCAAACUCAAUAUAAGAAAUCUAUUGAAAAAGACAGCAAGAAGAACGAACAAGAUAUCACAAACAACUUGCACUUUGGAUCAAUAUCGUGGGGUUCGCUGAUGACUUCAGAGCCAGAUAUGCAGGUUUUGUUAGAACAAAUGGAUUCAAUAAUCAAGCGUCAGAAGGUUCAACUAGAUUCACUAAAGAAAAAUUUUGAAGAGCCUGUCAAUGAGAAUUGCAUUUUGUCCAAGGUGAAAGCCUAUAUAACCUCUGUUGCUUUAGGAAUUGAAAAAUUAGAUGACUUCCAAAUCUUUCAGCAUUUAUUCCAUGAUAUUGAGAAAAACCUUCCAACCUAUAAAGAACUAAAAAAGUUUCUAGACCAUCAGUUCAGAAUUUCACAAACAGAUUAUGUCGCUUUCUUUUCUGUUGAUGAAGAAACAUAUUAUGAAAUCUUGCAUCGUGUUCUUAAAUUCGAUGGAGAGGGAAAACCCACCAUACAAAUCAGCUUACCAGAACAAUCAUCACGGCUUAUGGACUUGGCUUAUGUUAUUUCCUACCUCAUCUAUAUUGCCUACCACAGGUCACAACUUAUCCAUGAUAACCACAAUGCCAACCACAUGUUACUCUUGGAAUAUUCUGAGACCUUGCUACACUCGUAUCGUCUUUUAUGCAACGCAUUCAAGUGUGAUAACUCAUUCUUACCAACACAUACACCAGAAGAGCUCCAUACAAUGCUCUACAUCACAACAUUUGAAAGAUAUACACCACACGGAAGACACAAGUCUAAUGAAAGUAUUGACAAUACCAUGAAUUCUAGAAAUUUGACUUCAAUUGCAAGAGUGUUACAAUUGAAUCAGAACAUUGAUAUUGUCUAUUCUGGCAGAAGUGAGAAUUAUAGGAAAAGUUUAAAAUCUGCAUGGUAUCUGUUGGUGUUGGUAGACGUAAUGGAAUCUUUGGAGAGUGGACUUCCCCCAAAAAUUAGACCUGAUGAGAUCUUGAGAUAUAAAGACCAUUAUAAUGGAUAUAUUGAGUCAUUGAUUGUUCUAAACAGAGUCCUUUACAAGUUUCAUAAAUAUGAUUUGGAUUCAAUGCAAAACACAUAUGAGUUUGUCAGAAUCGUUGAUGAGGAAUUAGUUACAGAUUUGAGAAGGCUCCUAAAGAGUGAGCUUCGUCCUGCCAGAUAUGACUUUGAAUGUUUAUUGGGUUUUGAUUUUGAUGAUAUAUCCAUGUCUGGUGAGUUCGUUAAGGAAACCGCUUGUUUUGCUAUAAAAUUUAAUAUUUUUUCACUUAUUCAAACACUUUAUUUUAUAUGUUUCAAGAAGUUGGAGAUGAUUGAUAAAGAAUCUGAUGAGACUAAAAAAUUCAAUAUUUUGAGUAUGAAGUACUCAACAUUGAUUAUCUCAUUGAUUGGUGAAGUAUUCAUUCUGUAUGACAAAUUGAGCUCACAUCCCAACAGCUAUGAAUAUGCAGUUCUGGAAUCCAUUAUGGCCAUUUUCCCCCAUUUGAGUUUAGCUCUAAGGCGUGUUUAUAUUUGUGCUGGGGCAAGAAUAUUUGAGAAAUUACCCAUAAACAAACCAUCAGCUGUCAAAAGGUUCUUGUAUGCAAGACCUGCUAAUGAAAAUACCCUUUUGAAAGAGUUGCAUUUGAAACAAGAGUAUCAAAUUGAUUAUAAAAUUGAAGAUUUAGCCGACUAUGAUGCUGACGAGGAUAUAAAUGAGCUUUUUGCGAGGUUUUCGCCGUUGCUGGAUUAUAGAUUUGUGAUCUUUAACUUCAGUCAGGUAUUGAAGAAGAUAUCAGAGAAUCUGUUCAACGAAAAAUCUAACAUCAACUUUGUGAAACUGAACCACAUUUUUUUCUAUCUGCUGAAGUUGACUAGUUUCUUCCUCAAUGCAACUUUUGUGGAUGAUGCUAAGGCUCUAGGCAACGCAACUUCAUUUAAAGGUCUCCAUGACACACCAAGAGCUAGUAGGUAUUCUGAUGAAUCUGAAUCUGAAUCUGAGUUCAAUUUCAAGGAUCUUUUUGAAAAGGCAAUCAAUACAAAGUCAGAAAACUUUGAUUUCAAGGAGUUUUUCAACAAUACAAACGGAAUCUAUCAAACCACUGAUAUUGACGAUUUCUUAACAACCUACCCAAUGUCAGUUUUAGGAGGCUCGAAUCAGGAAUUUUGA